GAAAAACAGCCUCCAAUGGUGACGUGUGACAGAUUUGACAGCCGUGCGUUUCGUUGGACCCAGGUGAUGAUCUUUGCGAUUAAUGAAAUCAACAAUGACGACACUUUACUGCCAAAUAUCUCUCUAGGCUACAAGAUCUUUGACUCAUGCUCUUCCCCGACUAACACAUUACGUGCCGCUCUUUCACUAUUGAGUGAGACAGAUGGAAUUAAGUCUCGGCCUACAGCUCAAUGUCAGCCUCCUAUUAGAGCAUUAAUAGCAGAUGCAGGGUCAUCUCAGUCUGUAGCUCUUGCUGGAACAUUUGGACCUUUUAACCUGCCGAUGGUAAGCUACUUCUCAACUUGUGCCUGCCUGAGUGACAAAAGUAAAUACCCAACAUUUUUCAGAACAAUACCGAGUGACUAUCACCAAGCAAAGGUUUUGGCUUUUCUGGUGAAAAAAUUUGGAUGGGAAUGGAUAGGAACCUUACAAUCUGAUAAUGACUAUGGUAGAAAUGGACUGUCAGCAUUUAUUACUGAAGUGAAGACGCUUGGAGUUUGCAUUGCAUUUACUGGCACUGUUGGUCGAACUUACCCUCAGAGUAAAAUACUUAAGGUUGUUCAUAUGAUCAAAAUGUCAAAUGUACGAGUUAUUCUUGCCUUCACCCCUGAGGGGGAUCUUUAUCCAGUAAUGAAGGAGAUGGUGAGACAAAACAUAACUGGAAUACAGUGGAUUGCAAGUGAAGCCUGGAUAACAGCAUCUCAGCCAUCCAUUCCUGAAUAUUUUAAAUCAUUUGGAGGCACGAUUGGUGUUUCAGUGCGCAAGAUGGCGAUUCCAAAACUACGAAACUUCCUUACUAACAUCAGUCCCUAUUCUACUCCAGGAGCUGCUUUUAUUGGUAGUUUUUGGGAAAAUCUUGUGGGUUGUAGGCCAUUUCACCAUCUCAGUACAGCAUCUAGUAGCCCUGUCUGCAGAGGAGAUGAGGUUCCUGAUUUUACAAGUGUUUUCUUCAAUGUCACACAACUGAGAGUGUCCUACAAUGUUUACAAGGCGGUGUAUGCUAUUGCACAUGGCAUACAUGAGUUGAUAUUUUGCAAUCAAAGUUCUCCUCCAGAGAAGUGUUUGAACGUGUCACAGAUCAGUCCAAAGCUGGUCACCGCUCAACUUAGAAAAGUAAAGUUUGUAGAUGAAUUUGGAGAGACUGUGUUUUUUGAUAACAACGGUGAUUUUCCUCCUUCUUACGACAUAAUCAACUGGCAGCUGAAACACGGAGAGGUCAAGCAUGUGACCCUGGGAUAUUUCAGCACGUCUGCUAAUGCAGCUUAUGAGCUUUUCAUACAGGAGGAGAACAUAAUAUGGAGUACAGGGAAUGUGGUUCCAAAAGCUGUGUGCUCAGAGGUAUGUCCUGUUGGCACAAGAAGAGCACCCAUUAAAGGAAGGCCCAGCUGCUGUUUUGACUGUGUUCCAUGUGCUGAUGGCACCAUCACUAAUCAUUCAGGAGCAUUGGACUGCACCCCCUGUCCUGAGGAGUACUGGUCCAAUGAGGAGAGGAGUAGCUGUUUAUUAAAAUAUAUUGAGGUCUUGUCCUUUAAGGACACACUGGGAAUCAUUCUGACAGCCGUGUCUUUAUUUGGGGCCUCCCUUACUUUAGCAACCACAGUCAUUUUCCUUGUGUUCAGGCACACACCCUUAGUGAGGGCAAAUAAUGCAGAACUGAGUGCCCUGCUGCUGCUCUCCCUCCUCCUCUGCUUCCUCUGCCCUCUCACCUUUAUAGCUGAGCCCACUGCCUGGUCCUGCAUGCUGCGCCACACAGCAUUUGGCGUGACCUUUGCCCUCUGUAUCUCCUGUGUUUUAGGGAAAACAUUGGUUGUGAUCACAGCUUUCCGUGCCACUUUGCCAGGUGCAACUAAAUUUGGGCCUGUGCAACAGAGGAUCAUUGUAUAUUCUUGCACUGGGAUUCAGGUUCUUAUUUGUAUACUCUGGCUAAGUAUUGCACCACCAUAUCCCCAAAUAAGGCACAACAAUAGAAAGAUUAUUGUGGAAUGCAACACAGGGUCAGACACAGCAUUUUAUGCUGUGUUGGGGUACAUAGGCUUUUUAGCAGGUAUAUGCCUAGUUGUGGCUUUCUUGGCAAGGACAUUACCAGAUAAUUUCAAUGAGGCCAAAUUCAUUACUUUCAGUAUGCUUGUAUUCUGUGCUGUGUGGAUCACAUUCAUUCCAGCAUAUGUCAGCUCACCGGGAAAAUAUACUGUGGCAGUGGAAAUAUUUGCUAUUUUGUCCUCUGCAUUUGGUUUACUUGUUUGCAUUUUUGCCCCAAAAUGUUAUAUUAUAAUAUUUCAACCUGAGAAAAACACUAAAAAACAUAUAAUGGGGAAAGUACCUAAGAGUGAACAUUGA